AUGGCGAUCGAAAGUACGUCACUUGUAGAUGGAAAUAAGGGAUUGCAAAUGCCGAACCUAUGCAAAUUUUGUGAUGUUAAAGUAACAACCUGCUCAAACCAACAUAAGUGCAAGAGCAACUGCAACAUCACCGCUAUCUGCGAGAAGAAAAAUGAAGUCUGUGUCGCUAUAUGGAGACAAAAUGAUGAAAAUGUGACAUUAGAAACAAUAUGCCACGAUCCCCGGGAAACACUCUAUGAUCAUGUGUUGGAUGACUCCAGCUCAGAGGAGUGUUUGAUGAGAGAAAAGAAGGACAAUGGGGGAUUGAUGUUCAUGUGUUCCUGUACAGGUGAAGAAUGCAACGAUAUGAUAAUUUUUCCAUCAGCUGACCCUCAUAAGCCAGAGGAGAAAGAUGAAAUUUCCAAAGUCACAAUCAUAAGCCUUGUCCCAUUACUGGUGAUUUCUGUUGCUGUGAUUGUUAUCUUUUAUGCCUACCGUACUCAUAAGAAGAGGAAACUCAACAAGGCAUGGGAGAAGAAUGUUAAACCCAGGAAACAUAAGGACUGCAGUGAUGUUUGUGCCAUUAUGUUAGAUGAUGACCGUUCAGACAUCAGCUCUACUUGUGCCAACAACAUCAACCACAACACAGAAUUGCUGCCCAUUGAGUUGGACAUUGUUGUUGGCAAAGGAAGGUUUGCUGAAGUGUAUAAAGCCAAAUUGAAGCAAAACACAUCAGAGCAGUAUGAAACUGUGGCAGUUAAGAUUUUCCCCUACGAAGAAUAUGCCUCCUGGAAAACUGAGAAGGACAUUUUUUCAGAUGUAAACCUCAAGCAUGAGAACAUACUCCAGUUCUUGACAGCAGAGGAGCGUAAGACAGAUCUUGGUAAACAGUAUUGGUUGAUUACUGCCUUCCAUGCUAGAGGAAACUUGCAGGAAUAUCUCACACGGCACAUUAUCAGCUGGGAGGACCUCUGGAAACUGGGUGGAUCCUUGGCCAGAGGGAUUGCUCAUCUUCAUAGUGAUCAUACACCCUGUGGUCGCCCCAAAACACCUAUUGUGCACAGAGACCUUAAAAGUUCUAACAUCCUGGUGAAAAAUGAUUUAACCUGCUGUCUGUGUGACUUUGGGUUAUCCCUGAGGCUGGACCCUUCUCUGUCUGUGGAUGACUUGGCUAACAGUGGGCAGGUUGGCACAGCAAGGUACAUGGCCCCUGAGGUUCUGGAGUCCAGGAUGAACCUAGAGAAUGUGGAGUCCUUCAAACAAACAGAUGUGUACUCCAUGGCUUUGGUCCUCUGGGAAAUGACAUCUCGCUGUAAUGGUGUUGGAGAAGUGAAGGAGUACGAGCCCCCGUUUGGCUCUAAAGUGAGAGAACACCCCUGCGUGGAAAGCAUGAAGGACAACGUCCUAAGAGACAGAGGGCGACCUGAGAUCCCCAGCUCCUGGCUUAACCAUCAGGGCAUCCAGAUGGUGUGUGAAACUCUCAUCGAGUGCUGGGACCACGACCCCGAGGCCCGGCUCACGGCGCAGUGCGUCGCGGAGCGCUUCAGCGAGUUCAAGCACCACGACAAGCUCUCGGGAAGGAGCUGUUCGGAGGAGAAGAUCCCUGAAGAUGGCUCUGUCACCACUGCCAAGUAGCAUGCACCCGAGAGCUCCAAAGCGGAGGGAAGUUGCUCCUAGAUGUGUUCACCUUGGCAAAGGAAGAAGUCUCGAUCGGUGCCUUGACUUGCUUCCUGGAGGACUGAGGCUGUCACUACUCCUGUUAGACUCUGGCUCCAGACAGGGAGAAGUAUUAAUGAGAAUUAAAAGCUGGGGAGUAGGUAUCAUAUCCUAGCAUUGGCUGCCAGCAUCAUGCCAUAGGAGGAGCUAUGUAUGUUAGCACUUCCUCAGGAAACGAGAUUUGGAAAUAGCCAAUAACAUUAUGCACUUUAUUAAUGCCUGUAUAUAACUAUGAAAUUGCUAUUUUUAUAUAUAUAUAUAUACACAU